AAGUGAUCUCCAUUCUCACCGGCUUCCCCCGAAAGGGUUAACGGGCGUCCAGAUAACGCGAGGCCCGGGAUGUGGGCGCCUCCAUCUUGGAUUAGGCCAGGAAAUCCAGACACAGAGAUCCGUCGCCUGUAGCUACGGCCCUGCUAGCUAGCUAACGAGCGAAACAGAGAUGGGGGGGAUGUGAAAUCUUACGUAAACACACAUCGUACUUUCACACAGGAAAGGCUAUUUUCCGAAACAAGCACGCACGGCAGACAACUGGAAGUUUUUUCCCCGCAAAAACCUUCAAAAUAAUACGGGAAAAGCGAGACCGAAACAGAUUUGUCGACUUCAAACGACUCGACGACUGUAGUUGAAAGGAGGAGGCUGGAGCAGUGAGUGACCAGUCAGGAGGAGCUGGCAGUCAGCGGAUGAGCAGCUCACACGGACCACAGCCAAGGGGGAGUUGCUGUUGCCGUACCUGGUGAGCGUUGCCAUGACGAUGGCGUCCUGGGAAGCGGCCAGGCUGUGCAGCCUCGUGCUCUCGCUCAGCGCCCUGACUCUGCCCCCCAACACCAACGCCUAUAUCUACGCCUACUACAACAACAGGUCAACCAUGGGCUUCGAUGACCUCCCUGCUCUGUUCGGGAACCAGCUGCCCAAGGACGGACUGGCGGGUGUUCUCGUGGAUGCCCACCCUGUCAACGCCUGCAUGCCGAUUGCGCCGCCGCCCACCCACUCCAGCGGGAAUCUCUCUAAAUAUAUCGUCCUGAUCCGGCGUCUGGACUGCAAUUUCGACAUCAAGGUUCUACAUGCACAACAAGCAGGUUACAGUGCUGCUAUUGUUCACAAUGUGAAUUCAAACAUACUACUGAACAUGGACUACAGUGACGAGGAGAUUGUGAGGCAGAUCGAGAUCCCGUCUGUGUUCACCAGCGAGACCGCGGCUCAGAGACUGCGCAAGUACAUCAUCCCGGAGAACAGGACCUACGUCCUCCUCAAGCCCGAGUUCUCCUUUCCCCUCAGCUACUACCUGAUCCCCUUCACCGGCGUGGUCGGCAUCAUCAUCCUCGUCAUGUUUGUCAUCAUGAUUGUGCGCUGUGUGCAGUACCGCAAGCGCAUGAGGAGGAACAGGCUGACCAAGGAGCAGCUGAAGAAGAUCCCGGUGCACAAGUUCAAGAAGGGGGACGAGUACGACGUGUGUGCCAUCUGCCUGGACGAGUACGAGGAGGGGGACAAGCUAAGGAUCCUGCCCUGCUCCCAUGCCUACCACUGCAAGUGUGUGGACCCCUGGCUGACCCAGACCAAGAAGACCUGCCCCGUCUGCAAGCAGCGCGUGACCCGGAGGAGCCCAGACUACUCCGACUCCGAGUCCGAGUCCGAAGGCGAGAGAGGGGUCCGUGAAUCCGAAGAGGGGGAGGCCGACACGGAGAGGACCCCCCUUCUCCGGCCCUCGAACCCGGGCUCCCCCGUCAGCCCCCCGGGGCCGCACAGCGCGACGACAGACCCCGCCGCCUCCGCGCCAACCUUCGGCUCCAUGGCGCGCUCCUCGCCCCUCCUGGCCCGCGAGGACUACUUCUCCUGCGGCCGCGCGGAGGGGGUCGGCUUUUCCGGGGACGACGAGUCGGAGGAGGAGUCGGCAAGCCUGGCCAGCUCCUGCGAGAGGGACACGGCCCGGCUCAUCCCCGCCGUUCGCUCCCACAGAUCCCUCUCCGAGCACGGCCUUCCCGGGAAGGGACCCGUGGAUGUGUGAUCGCUCCCGGAAUCGCGAAUCUCCAGCCCCUCCUCCCCACCUUCCCUUCUUCCUCCUCCAACUUCCCCUGCUUCUCCAGGACUGGCCAUAAACACGGAUCCCCUUGCACAGCAGGCUGAUCCACUCCAGGUCUUGCCAGCUGCAGCAGUCAAGAGCCAGCGGUAUUGAAACGCGGUUUCUGAACUCUGCACGCGCUGUCUGCGCAGAUCGACUCUGCGCUUCAAACCUCCAGCUCCUGGUGUUGCUUCAGUAGAAGAGCCGCUUGCACCAGGUAGAACCUGGAGUGGACCGAGCUGCUGUGCGGCGGGAGUCUGAUCACCGUCCAGGUAUCUCGUUUUACUCCAGAAGACUGAAUCCAGUCCUCAAGGGCUAUGAGGUCAUGAUCCUGUUUUGUUUUUUGGUUUUCGUAAUGGGUCGAUUCGUCUUACUGCAUUUCACAGAUGAACAUUAAAAGUCUUCUUUGGGUCCUUCGCCUCUUCCCGGCCGUCAUGUCAGCGCUGGCUUUAUUGAACAUGGAGAUGAACUUUCUUGUCUAGUUAGGCUUUUUGUCGUCGGUGUGUUCUGGGCUCCUACCGGGGUGGGGAUUUGCGGUCCCAGUUCUUGCAGAACUUCAGAUCGUUUUUGAUUAUCUAGCGCUAUUAAUUGCUUAAUUGAUCCAGCUGGUCCUGAUGGUAGUCUCCCUCAGCCCCUGACUGAAGGUGCCUGCAAGCCCAGGUGGACAGGGCGUGGCUCUGGAGGAUGGGAGCUGGACUUUUUGGGGGGGAUCCACACCCGGCACAAUGUCCGGUUUUUCCUCACUUCCCAGUUUGCUUAUUGAGAGGUUUAAUGGGCGACUUUCCCAGAUCGGAAGCUGCUCGCGAGAAUGUCACCGUCAGUUCACCUGAGAGGUGGCCAUCUAGCCUGUAGCUCAUUCAUCCUGGGAUCUCAUCCCGCAGUUUGCUGGAGUAAGCCAGGGCAUCAGCAGCAGUUGAUGGGAUGGUUGGUCCCAGUAUUGCAGUAUGCCAGUAGUGUUCCAGUAUUCCUGUCAUCUGACCACUGUAGGUUCACAUGUUUCCCCUGGUGUUCGUGUUCUCACCAGCUGUUGACGUGACAGUGACCGCAUGACUCCCACCCAUGUGCUUUUCGUUAAAUAACGAAGCUAGUGCAGAUCAGCCCCUCACGCCUGCCUGCGCAGCCCGGAGCGGGCGCAGAGACCUCAGAUCGGCAACUCCUGUGCCUUUGGCCAGGUGCCGGCAGGCCUGUGAUGAGGUUGGGAAGGACUGCGCUCGCUCUCCUGGCGGGCUCGUCAGAAGGCACAGAGCAGCUGAGGGCGAAUGGCCCUGCCACCCAGGUGUGUGGAAGGAGCUCGUCCACAGGCCUCGCUUUCUCCCAGGCAGGCCCCGAGGACUGAUCUCGGAGCCAAGAACAGUCAGAUUCCGGCUUCUCUGCCACUGUGGGAGUCUAUAGUGAGAACACAGUGAUGAUGCACUAGAGAACAGAAGGGUGCAGUAAAGCGUUGUGCAAAAUAAGUUCACUGUAGGAAGUUACUCAACAGUAAUAUGGUGCAGUAAACUGCAUUGUAACAGCAGUGCACUGUGGUACACUACAGCGUAACAGCACAUCAGUAAAAUAAUCUUCAGCGUCACGGUAGAGCAGUGCAGUACACUACAGCGUAACAGCACAUCAGUGCAAUAAUCUACAGUGUAACAACCUAGCAGUGUCGUCACUACAGUGCAGCAGCAGAGUGAGUGUGCUGUGUGAGGCUAGCUGUGGACGUAUGAAGAUCCGUACUGCACACACAGCAUUAUUUUCUGGUGUGCCCACAAAUGGGGCUGCAGCGCCAGGUCACCGAGGUGGUGGCGUCAGGGCAGGUGGUUGUGUGAAACGAUUCCUUGCUGUAGUGAGAAGAACAGUUCUGACAGAAGGGGGACCAGUAUUGCGCUGUGCGCUGCUCAUCUUGGCAAUGUUGAACGUCUCUUUGUUGCCGUGUGUUAAUCGGUGUAAGAUUUUAUUUUCCCUCGUUUCAGUUUGUCCUGUAAAAACCUCCCUCUCACCAACCUCCACAGAAGGCGAUUUCUCUGUAUUGGGGGUGGGGGGCUGAUUCUGUAGGGUGUGGGGGUCUCUCUGCAGGCGCCCGCAGCAUCAGAACAUCCCAAAGGUCACAGGUCAAAGAGGAGAGUAGUCCAUUUGGGCCAUUGAGCUUAUGUUGGUACUAGAAGGUAUUUGAUCCCAGAAUAGUCAUCAACAACAAGGCUGGGGCAGCUUGUUCCACACCCACACCUCCCUUUGUGUAAAGAACUGCCUCCAGCUCUGUUUUAAAUGCACCUCUGUUUCCUUCUUCCUUUUGCCCUUCUAAGCCUGUUGAGUUGACUUUGAGGAGUCUGGAUACUUAGACUGAGGCCCCUUGUGGUUUCCUCUGUUCAAGACUAAAGAGAGUCGGCUCUCUUGGCCUGUCUGUAUGGGGAUGUGGCUUUGAGCCCUGCCCUGUGUGGAGGAAACUGUCACAAACUCUCAAUAGCAGCCCCACCCCCUAAAAAAAAAAGUGGCCUCACUUGCUUGAUGGAGCAGCAUUGUAGUCUUGGGACACCAAGGCUUGAUACUGACAUUAAGCAUCUGUCUGGGUGGAGACUGCAUGUUCUUCCAGCGUUUGCAUUGGCUGCCUGGGUUUGAUGGACUAGUCUCAUCUCUGGUUUGUCCCGUCUCCCUGUGAUGGACUGGCGUCCUGUCCGGAGGGAGGGGAACGAUGAUGGCCUCGCGCCCUCCUGCCAGGAGUUUGGGGGGCUGCGAGGCGGGGGGGGGUCAGAGGGCAAGUGGCGAGAGAAUUCCUGGUUCAUGGAACGCCACUGAGGAGGGAAAGGAAUCUCAGUCCUAGUCCUGCCAGUCUGCAGUGCAGUCUCGGCCGCAGCUGGGACAGUUCACCCCCUUCAACUGCGAAGACCUGAAGCUGCUGCCGCUUGUGCAGAGACCCUGAAACCACGUGGGGCCGUGGCUCCUCAGAGCCCUGGAGCUGGGGGCCCCCAGCCUGUGUGCAGGUUUUAGAUUUUUGUAUUGUACCUUCUUUUUAGCCUGUGCCAUAUAUAAAGAUUAAAAAUUUAAAUUCCAGUGA